AGCCCCGCUCCGGGGCGGGCUGCGGCAUAAAGGCCGCGAUCGGCCCGCCGCCCCGUUUUCUAUGCUGCGCUUCCUUCGCGGGGUGCGGCCUCUCUGUUCUCUCGGGCGGAGUUGCCUUCGUUCUUCAGCCCAGCGAGCGGAGAUAUCAGAAAAAAUAGCCUCAAGAUGAACUUCUUCCUGGAGCUGCUCAAAGUCAUUGGACUUACAACAUAUUACAUGCUGGAAUCACUAGUGUUUUUGUUUGUGCCUAAACGUAAGAAGAAUGUGAGUGGUGAAAUAGUAUUAAUAACGGGAGCAGGAAGUGGAAUUGGAAGACUCUUAUCCUUAAAAUUUGCCAAACUUGGAGCCACGCUGGUUCUUUGGGACAUUAAUCAAGAUGGACUCAAGGAGACGCUUAGACUGGCUGAAGAAAAUGGAGCAGUAAGAAUACAUUCCUACAUCUGUGACUGCAGCAAAAGGCAGGAAGUCUACAGAGUAGCAGAUCAGGUUAAAAAAGAAGUUGGUGAUGUCAGCAUCCUGGUCAACAAUGCUGGUAUUGUAACUGGAAGGAGCUUUAUUGAAUCUCCAGAUUCACUUGUGGAAAAAACUAUGGAAGUGAACACAAUGGCACACUUUUGGACUUAUAAAGCCUUCCUUCCAGCAAUGAUAGCCUCCAACCAUGGACACUUGGUUAGCAUUGCAAGUUCAGCAGGACUGAUUGGAGUCAAUCGUCUUGCAGAUUACUGUGCCAGUAAGUUUGCAGCUGUUGGUUUUGCAGAGUCAAUGAGUUCAGAGAUGAGAGCUCAGGGAAAGACUGGUGUCAAAACCACAACUGUGUGUCCUUACUUCAUAAAUACAGGGAUGUUCAAUGGCUGCAGUACCAAGUGGUCGCUUCUGCUCCCCAUUUUAGAGCCAGAGUAUGUGGCUGAAAAGAUAAUGACUGCUAUUCGACGAGACGAACCCAUUUUAUUACUACCGCGAAGUUUGUAUUUCUUCUUUGCUUUGAAAAAUAUCCUACCAGUGAAAGUAGGCCUUCUCCUUGCGGACUUCGUUGGAGCCCCCCAUUUCAUGGAUAGCUUCAAAGGUCGUGCGAAGAAGGACUGAAAAUUGCACGAACUCAGCAACUGAAAAGCAGACCUUGUUAAAGGUGGUGAUGGGAAAGGUCUGCUUCUCUAGCAGCUAUGAAGUUAAGGUGCCUCACUUCUACUUAAUAACAUUUUUAAGGAAAUCAAUUUUUAAUUAGAUAUUAAUCAACAGCUUUUACAUGAGCUUUUUUUUUUUUUUAUCCACAAACUGUUUUCUUUUCCCCUCAUUAUGGGAGUAGGAAAAUUGAAAUGCUUUCCUUUGGUAAUAUCGGAUAUAAUGCCUUAAAUAUCAUUCUGCUUCACAAACCCAUAAUUAGCAGUUUGGGGGGAGAUGAUCUCAGGACUCACAGGUGUGACUAUGGAUGUCUCGGGGAACAAAAGAAUGUAAAUGACAUUUGUGCUGCUAAUUGACUUACUAUCUAAUUUAUUUUAAAAGCUACUACUAUGCCUGCAACUUUGCAAUGGAAUCUUUAUAUCUUAUGAGUGCAAUAUUUUAGGAACAAUUUUAGCUUUUCAUCUCCUACGCAGAGUUUGUAGUUACAAAGCAUACUACUACCAGUCGAGAUGGGCUGUCAAACAUCUUGCCAAGUAAGACAACAGAAAUACCUUUGCUACUAAAACCAAAGGUAUUACAUGGUGUAACUGGGGCUUCUUCUGGGACUGUUUCAGAAAGGAAUGAUGCUGUGUGAAUAGUGAAAUAGGAUCACUAGAACUAUAGCUUGAGUAACAGCACAAUGUUUUGCUCCUGAAUUGGGGAGCAGGCUGUCUUCCAUCUACAGAGACUUGUUUUAUUUGCCUUUACUCUUAGGACUAUCCUCAGGUAUGCUGAGGAGGCUUUGUCCUUUUUGACAGUGACCACUUAGAGCCCCCCUCCUCCCACCUGACUUUCAUUAAACCCAAAACAAGAAAAAGGAAGAUUAUAUAUUAUUGCUAUUUAUAUAUAUAUGCUGGUUAAACCAGUCUCAUGUCACAGUGCUCCACUGGCAAUUGGCAAUGCCUACAAACUAAGACUAUAACAUGCUUUAGCAUGAAAUUAACUGCAGACAGCAUGGACAAAAGGGUGACCGGGGGUUGGACUCAAGGAUCUCUAGAGGUACCUUCCAACCCCUACAAGUCUGUGAUUCUGUGCUUCAAAAUAAAUAAAAUAAAAUUGUUUUUCCACGAUGGCCUAGAAACUAUCAUCAUUGUCCUUGCCUAUGCAUUUAAUGAUGUUUUUACUGAUUGAGAAGACUUUACAUUGAACUAUUUUGCUAAUGAUGAGCAAGAAACACUGGGUCCAACAGGAAUGUUAGAAGUAGCUUUACAGUUGCAAUGGAUUUCUGAGAAGUAGAAUUCAGGCUGAUGAACAAAAAAUUUGUCUCAGCCAUUCCCUCAGAUCUGCAGUUGUUCUGUUUCAAAAAUUCUGCUUGCUUUGCAGCACAGCUCAGGAAGUUGAAGUUAUUAAUUAGAAAAUAUAUGCCUAUAAAUUCUAUCAUGUGUACAUAGCACUGUUUGCUAGUAAUAAAGCCAAUCACUAAUUUAA